GCCGCUCCCAGAGCAUAUGGAUGCUCGAACGCCGCAGUGACCCCGUCAACUCGACAGAUCGCAUUCGGCAUCGGGGGCUCAAAAGGAAACGCGACGCCGGACCAAGACAGCGUGUUAGUCUUGGAUCAAGGCGACUUGUUGGAAAGCGAAGGCUAGCCACAUAGCACAGAAGCCUCCGCAGAAGUCGGGCCGGUGGCGGUGCACGGGCCGACUCCAGCGGCUCCGCCGCGCCGCUGCGAUGCGGGCGCCCCGCCUCGCCGCACUCCUUCUGAGCCUGAGCCCCGCGGCCUACCUCUGCGGGCCCGCACCGGCGCCCUGCGGCGACGAGGAGGGCUCCUGCGGCGUCUCGGACGGCCCCGCCCCCGAUGCGGACGUGGGCGCGCAGGAGGCCGAGGAGGCGGCAGCGCUCCGCGUCGAGCUCCUGCAGAAGGCACGGCUGGCCCGCCGCGGCGCCGCCGCCGACUCUGCGCCGCAGGCCAGUCUGGCAGAGGACUGCACGGACAGCGACGACGGCUUGAAGAACGCCGUGGCCCCAUUCGGCCUCUCGAUCGGCUACUGCAGCCAGGCCGCGGACCAGUGCAACUCGUGGCCCGUGGGCUCCGUCAUCAGGUCGUACUGCUGCGCGACGUGCAGCCAGGACAGCGCGCCAGCGCCGUCGCCAAUGUACGACCCGAACUUGACACACGCCUCUCAGGUGUGCGUCUCGAACAGAGGAGGCUUCAAGCUCAAGUUCGAGCUGUGGGACACGGAGACGAACAUGCGCAUGCCGGUGACGAACAGCUACGCCGCAGGCGGAAAGGAAUGCCGCAACAUCAGCGACAUAACCAUGGUCGAAGGCGGGCACCCGGUCGUGAUCGUCGUCCACCUGAUCUGAUGGCGGGCAAGACGAUUACCCUGAGCCCCGUCAUCUACGACCCGGCAAUGGGCGCCGCGGCCGGCUCCCACAAUGUCACGUGUAAGGGAGGCACCGGCAACCCGAGCUGCGUGACGCACCUGACGGACGGCUCCCAAGCCAAGGUGCAGCAGUUCCCGGCGCCUGACCUGGCGGCUUGGCAGCCCGUGGCGAGCCAGGUCUGUCUUCAGAAUAGCGGCGGGUACCGGCUGCGCUUUCAGCUGUGGAACACCGCGUGGAAUGCGUUGUCGCCUGUGUCCGACGGCUUCGACCACUCGAGGAGCAAGUGCAUAUCUGGGGACUUCAUGAACGAGGUCCAGGAGGCCAACCCGUUGGUGCCGAUAACGUACGUCCAGGGAGGCGGCCCACAGAUGUUCCACUCGGUCAUCUACGACGCCACCGCGGCCGCAGCCGUCUACAGCUGCGGAGGCGGAACGGGCAGCUAUUCUUGCAGGCUGAUUGGCACUUGAGCGCCGAGCAGAUGGCUAGCCGCAGUGCAACGUUUAUCAGUAUCCGAUACAAUGUAGCUUCACUCCUACGCGCCUAGGCGUACCCGCCAACACAGGGGCUGGAUAGUUUUAAGGAGGCUCAAGGCGCGUCUGCUUCAGCUAUAAGCGGUCAAUGAUACAGCUGCUUCUGAAGCACCGUUGUCGCCGUCGUGCGCAUGGGAGAGUGAAGAGCGCAAAAUCCCACGACGUCGGCGGUCUGGUCUUCCGACGUGGGCCCCUGACCUCUUGACCCUACCCCCGGCGAGGACGUUUUCGUUAGCCGCGGGCAGUUGUUGUUUGCGGCCCCCGAGCCCCG